ACCAAGAUGAUCAAGACAAAAAAGUAAACAUCCGAGAUGCAUUACCAGGUUGCUGGGUCAGCCUUACUAUGGCUUGCAUGCUGCACGGAAGCCAGCUACCGAAGAAGCUGAAACGUGGGUGAAGAUAUGAGCAACUCCCUAGCGGAAUCUAUGGCGAUCGGGAGAUCUGGGAUGUCUUUCUCGGAGAAUACAUAUACCAACCUUGCAAUAGCCUAUUCGCGGUAUGGGUAUCUAUCUUUCCCCUGACUAGCCCUUCCCGUGGUGCCCCUCUCCCUCUCGUGAACUUAUCAACCUCGUCGCUGUCCAUAGGAGCUUCCCCAUUCGUCACAGGUGUGCUUUCGAUUACCGCGGGUCAGCAGUGACUCUUGAUACAUUGCCGUCUGAUUCACCUCAUGGCGUGUGAAUCAUUACCGUGAAGAAUACUACGAACUGGAUAAUUGUACUCGCUACGAAGAAGCAGGUACCAGGCACCAGGCACCAGUUCGCCUAUCUCCCGGCAAUGGUCGUUCGGCAUGGGAUGAUCGAUCUCCUAUAUCUAUCACCGGACUCUACGCCAUCGAUGAUCAAAUUGAAAGCCUUCAUUCUAUAUCAUCUAGGACAGUCCUCUUCUCUACUUAAUCAUAUAAUAGUUAUAAUAUCCCGUGCCGCUAACCGUUCGACGCCAUGCCCCAAUUCAUAUUCGUCGAGCUUCCUAGCUUCCGCAUCAAGAACGCCAGUGGACAUACGGUACGCCUGAACUAUGCACAGCUGGGGUUAGUAGGUGCUCUGUACCAAUUCGUGCGCAGUGGCCUCCGCACUAGCGACCAGGUCGACUUGUCGGCGUCUCUACUCUUCGCGGACGGAGAAGCAGAUCUCUGGACGGCGAUGGCGGGAACGGGGGACGGUGGACACCACCCGCACGCCGAGGAAAACAUGCUACUAUCGUACUUUCAAGCAUUUGACUCCCCGGGGUCAUAUCCAAUUGUCGACGCUAUGCUUCUAAGGCGUGGCGAGCCUUGCAGCAACUGCGCCGGAUAUUUUACCCUAGGCGGCAAGCAUCUACGGCCGAUCGACGGAACACCGACAUUCCGGGCCAAGUUCACGGCCCGGUCCGACCGCUCAUAUACCCCGGUCUUCCAUCUGGCACGUGGACUCGACGCCGCUCAGCGGGCCACCUUAUGGGCCCAGCUAGCGCGGAUGCGGACGGACGAGCCUGGAGUUAUCAUCGCCUCUAGCGCUGACGUCCCGGUCGGCCAGGCUUAUUAUCUGCUCCACGACUCCCCUUGGUACGCUAUCAAUGGCCAAGAGAGCAUGACAGACGCGCAAAUUGCAGAAGCGAUUGCGAGACAGGGGGUCCUCCCGACUUACUGGAUUGGGAGGUGAACGGCAUAAUACGAAAAUCCAAUAUAAUUGAAACCAUAAGACUCUAGAGUAGGAGUGUAUUGUUAUUGUACAACACGGGAUGGGCUGGUCCCAUCGGCAAAAGUCAUAUCAAAGUCUGUCGGCUCGAUCGUGGGGCGUUUAUUGGUUUCAUUACAUUUAUAUCAACAUAAUAUCACUUUUGUCUGUAAUUUAAUUUCAUAGCAUGAUUACCGGGUAGACAAGAUUUCUUUCCCAAAACACAUCAUAUGAUAGCAGGUAUUUAAAUAUAUAAAUUUGCUGGUCUUA